GCUACGGUAGAAACAUGGCCUCGAGUUCCUUUGGUAGAAGACUGGUGGCUUGUCUUCUCAAUGUUUCCGAGGCUCGCAGGAAAGACCUGGUGGAGACUGUGGCCAGGGCAGCCUUAUACAACAAUAAAGGCAAACGAGAGGGGACCACGGUGCUGAACAUCUUUAACGACCGUGACUACAACCGCUCCGUCAUCACCAUUGUGGCCAGUAUCGACUCUAUCGGGGAGGCGGUUCUGUCUGCAUGCGAGAAAGCCUGCGGGCUGAUCGACAUGGGCGCCCACAAGGGGGUCCACCCAUGUAUGGGUGCCGUCGACCUCAUACCCUUCUACCCCCUGGGGGAGGAGGUGGGAGUGGAGGACUGUGCUAAAGAGGCUCGGGCUGUUGCUCAGGGACUCACGGAGCGGGUCCAGGGCACCAGUGCUUUCCUGUUCGGCUGGGCAGACUCCCCCCUGCAGCGGGGGCUGGCACAGAGGAGGAAGGAGAUGGGCUGGUUCAAGAAGACGCCAGACUUGCAGGCAAUCAGGCCCGACAUGGGGCCGCAGCCACAGAAACCCUUUGGCCUAACAGGUGUUGGAGCCGGUCCGUACGUCAUGAACUGCAACGUCACUAUCGACACCCAGGACAUGGCCAUGGGACGCCGCAUUGCCGCGGCCCUCAGGGAGUCGACCCCGGGGGGGCUGCCUGGGGUGCAGGUGCUGGCCUUGCCACAUGAGGGCGCUGUGGAAAUCGCCUGUAAUGUGGAAAGCGUGAAAGGGAGCCCGACUAGUCAAACGACUGCAGGUGAACCGUGGCCGUGUUUCAGCAUCGGCGGCCAGUCUUACUGCCAUGUUCCAGCUUCCCUCAUCACGGCAAGGGUUGCGGAGCUGGCGGGGAGAGAGGGGGUUGGCGUGAUGGGCACCGCGCUGGUGGGGUUCACCCCCCAUGAGUGCAGGGGCCUGGCAGAGUUCGCACUGUCUCAAAGGAUUGCCGAGUUCUGGAAAGAACAGGGAAGGAUCCGUAUGUGAAAAUGAAUCCUUGCCAAAACCAGUAAAACCUCAUGCAAAAUAACCUCAUCUUUGUUUGAUGUCACUUUAAUUACCAUGAGAGUUGACCGUUUGUUAAGCUGCCUUCUCUGUUUUUUUUAUUUUCAAGCACUAUGCUUCAAUUUAAGUAGUAAGGCCCGAGACAAAGCAGUGUGUUGGCAAACGUACCUAAAUCCAUUGAAGUGUAAACUUCCCCAAUCCUAAUAUAGUUUGAGACUGAGCUUCUAACUUGUUUAAACUCUAAUAUAGUAGCAUCUUGGCUCCCACACAGCGGAUGUUCUGGUCCUCAACAUGUGACUAAUGUAACCCAAAAUCCCACACAACAAUAUCACCAAAUAAUAUGUGCUUUGACUUUGGAGGUAAUGCUAAGUUACUGCUGAUGCUAGUUAGCCAGGGAUGCUAACAUUUGCAUCUUACGUUAGAGCAGGCAAACCCAUUGUUAAACUCAUUCUUUACAAUUUUGCUCUUGUAUUAUUUUGACUUUGGAAAGGGACAUAGAUAAAACACCAUUCUCUAAACACCAAACUGGUUCUUACUAGCCUACAGCUCCAUGCACACAGCUUUAGCAUGUAGAGAAGGUUUAAAUGUUUGCUUUGGUAAUGCACUUAGCAUUCAGUAACUGGAACCAUUGACCUGUUUACUCGUUCAGGGCAUUUCACUUAAUUUACUCAUAGAUUCAUAUUACCUGAGAUCCAAUCCAAUAACCCUAAUAUUGACAUCUAAUCUUUAAUAUUGCUAACAUUGAUUAAGAUCACUAAUGACUGCAUUUAUAGAUUUUUUUUUUUUUUUUUUUUUUUUGGAUGAGCAACUGUUUGUGAUAGCAUGUUAUGAAUAUAACA